GUCAAAAUGCACAUGUGUUUUGUUUAGGACUGUUGUUGGAAUCAACGGGGCUCGUCGUUGCUUGUGCUCAUUUCCUGAAAAUAACUCUUAAAAUGGGUGGAAAUUCGAGAAAAUUCAAAAAAGCAGAAAAAUCUAAAAUUAAGCUUAAAGGAGCCAAACUCCCUAAAGGCACCAACUUAACGAAAACCAAUUUUAAGGUGCGCAAAAUCGUCGUACCAGAUCAGUUAAAGCAACGAAACCACUCCGACGCAGCGGUUCUUUCUAGCAGGAACCUUAGCUUGAAGGAUUGUCUUGCCAAACUGAAGCUCAACAAUGUGUCGUCCAAAAUCGAAGGACUUCGUGGAGUGCGAGAAAUCAUUAGCAAAAUGCCUUCGGAACUGCAAAGGAUGCUCAGCUCUGUGGUGAAAGAUGUCUCCAGUUUGUCCAUUGAUAUUGAAUCCGAUGUACGAAAGGAUUCGUAUAAAACCUUAGGAUGCAUAUUGGCCGCCUGUGGACCAUCAGUAUUGGUACCGUUCUACGAGGUGCUGCUGUCGUUUUUGCGCUGUAGCAUGACCCAUAUUCAAUCGCGAAUCCAGGAAGAUUCACUCUUGCUACUGGACGUACUGUUGCAGUACCUGCCGGAGUUGAUUGUAACUAAUCGGGAUAAAAUUCUGCCCCAAUUUUUGGACAUGAUUUCAAAGCUGCGAGCGGAAUCUAAACCAGGCCGUACAUUAACGAUCAACCUGGACAAGCAAUCGACGAGUACACGAUGGCGUGUAAAGGUGCUUUCACGACUGACGGGAAUACUGAAAAUUCUUCUCGAUAGUAAAACGCUGAAGGAUACUGCUAUGCAACCUCUUGAUGAAAUUUCCCGUCCAACGGAUGAUGUGGAUAACCCAUUUGCUUCGAAAGUUUCAGACUAUCAACCGAAUAAGGCGGUACAAAUCAAUUACAUCUUCGAUGGGGCAACAACCAUGUUUUUACCGAUACAAAAGCGGCACCUGUACACAAUUUGCCCGAUGGACGUACUGUUCCGAAAAUCUUCCGAUACAGAUAAAGAUCUUUCACUGGGUGAACGUAUUGAUGAUGGACGAAAGCUGAAAAUGUACAUCGAGAUGUUGAUGCCGGUUUUGUUCGAAUCCUGGCUAGAGGUUCGCCCAGCUAAUACGGGAUCCGACAUGGUGCAGGAGCAAGCAUUAACACAGGAAGCUGCAGCAACACUAGAAUUGCUUAUAGCUAUUUUCAUACAGUUUUGGGAGUUGAUCGUUCAGUACUGCAAUGAGGCAAACAACGAUGAUAUGAAGGAAUGGUUCCGCAAAAAGUACAGCGCCAAUUUCUGCACCUACAUCCUCGGUGGGUUUCCGUACUAUCAACUCGCCACGGAGGCAAAAAGCCAAGGAAAGCGCUCCAAAACCACCUCGGCAAUUUGGUCCGAGAAAACGGUAGACGAUCAUUGCUAUAGGCACAAUUUCAACAUAUGCUUCUUUUAUUGUUGCCUGCACGAACAGUUCGGUGCGGGAAAGAAAAACUCCCAGCCAUACGCGAAGAUAGUGGAGUACGUGAAACGCUGCGUAUCGAACUGGAAAUUCCGUGGAGCAGAAGCCACCAACUUGCUGCUACAGGUACUUCGUUAUAUGUUGCUCGACUGCGCGUGGGUUAAUCAGGAAACGCGAGCAUUGCUAAAAACCUUGCUGGAGGUAUACAUAACGGCGAAACUUCCGCAGGACAUUCGCAAUCGCAUUCUGGUGCUGUUUUGCGAUUUAAUUGUGCUGAACGAUUCGCUAUGGCGUCGAUAUGGUCAGGAGUUAUUCACUCUCUGGUUGAAAAUGUUGCCCAAUUUACUGUGCAAACCAACGAUCGACCUAGUGGUGUUGAAGGCGCUGCUUUGUUUGGGUCAGCGAGGCAAUGCCCCGUUCCUGGAGGUGUUGGAAGCGAAUGCGAAACAAAUAGUGGCGAAUUUGGGUACAAUUCGUGUAACAAAUGAAUUGAAACCGGGCGAAGGAUUUGUACUCAUAUGCAACUUACUGUUUUACAUUCGGAAACGGGAACUGAUUGCAGAGCUGCUCGCUAGUGAUGCACGGAGUUUGAAAGAAACAUCCCAAAGGGAACGUCUUUGCAGCACGCUAGAGCUGAAGUUAGGGAUGCUAUAAGAUAAAAUUCAAUGAACGCAAAUUGAGAAAGGGAUGAGAAUUUAGUUUUGUAGCAAAACUAUCUAUAAUAAAAAUUUAAAUAAAUAUGAUUAUGCAAACGGAA